AUGUCUAGUAGCAAUAGGAACUCUUACUGGUGGUUUAACACUAAACCCCGUUGUUCUAGGAGUUGUAAAUGGUGCUGGAGUUGUCGUGGCGGGAAUUGGAAAGAAAAAAAAAAAAGAAAAAUUGAAAUGUCAAGAAUUGCAUUAACCACAUAUGAAAAAGUACUCGUUGAAAUGCGUGCAGCUCUUCGGGGUGAUGAGUGGGACAAAGAAGAGUUUGUUAACCGCAUGAAAUUGGUAGAUGAAAUGAUAAUUGAUCAAACUCCUAUAGCAGAUAGAUUUGCUAGUAGGUAUAAUAAAAAAUUUAAUCUAAGUAUAAAAUAA